AUGGAUAUCGACAAGCUAUUCAAAGUGCCAAAACUCCCGACUGGCGGGAACAAGCGAAAGAUGCCAGACAACCCGACGCCGGAAACGCUGAAGAAGAUGCGUAUGGAGGUAUCUUCGCCUCCGGGUGCGCCAAUAUCUGGGCCGUCGAAAGGAAAGUCCCGAGCAGUCACCGUGGAGGAUGCAGACGAUGAGGAGGAGGACAGCCGAAGAAAUUUCGCUCCAGGAGGAGACGCCGACUACUUUGUAGAAGAGGACGGCGAGGGUCGGUUCUUUGGUGGAGGGUUAACGUCAGAGCAGAAAGAUAUCCUCAACAUAUUUGACAAUUCGACUGAGGAAGGGGACCAAGAUGAUAUAAUGUCACUGGCUGCAGUGAAACGACUUCUGCUGCGCUUCGAGCGUGCAGCGAACAAAAACCAAGACCAACGCUCCAAGUAUCCCGAUGACCCAACAAAAUUUAUAGACUCGGAAGCCGACCUUGACACUGCGCUAAAGUCCCUUCUACCCCUGGCGCAAUCCCCCAUCAUUGCAUACCCCGAGCUCGCUGAUAACGGUACAAUCGAAAUACUAAUAGGUCUCCUUGCGCACGAGAAUGCCGACAUCGUUAUUGAUGUUGUGGAAGUAAUCCACGAGCUCACAGACGAGGACGUAGGGAAUGAGGGUCAAGAUGAGGACGACGUAGAGAAUAACCAAGAGGCACUAAGGAUUCUUAUAGAAACCCUUCUGGCAAACUCAAUCUUGGAACUCUUAGUCGAAAAUCUGAGUCGACUGAACGAAGCCGAAGAAUCAGACCGACAAGGUGUCUUCCACAUUCUAGGCAUCUUCGAAAAUAUUCUUGGAUUCAAUCCAUCCCUUGCCACGGAUUUAGUGUCGAAAACAAAAAUCCUGGCAUGGCUACUAAAGCGUAUCGAGUCUAAACAACACGACGAAAAUCGAGGAUACGCCGCUGAAAUCCUCUCCAUAUUGCUGCAAGAUAACCCUCCCAAUCGCGUAGAGUUCGGUAAGCAAGAUGGUGCGGAGGUAUCCUUGAAGGUUCUGUCACAAUACCGUCGAAGGGACCCAGUAGAUGCCGACGAGACCGAAUUCAUGGAGAACGUGUUCGAUGCCUUAUGCUCCGCUCUCAUCGAGACUAGCGUGAAGGAACUCUUCCUGAAGGCAGAAGGUCCCGAUCUGAUGGUUUUGCUCAUGAAAGAGAAGCAGCAAGCACGUUCGAGAUCUAUCAAAUGUCUCGAUUAUGCUAUGGCAGGAACAACGGGAACAGCCAUGUGUGAAGCGUUCGUAGAUGCGCUGGGUCUAAAGACUCUGUUCUCUGCUUUCAUGGGCAAGUCGUCAAAGAAACAGAAGUCCGGGCCAGCUCCCCCUGCAUCUGAAGAUACACAACACAUCCUCGGAAUAAUGUCCUCGCUGUUCUCAAAUCUCCCAUCGGAAUCACCAGCGCGUAUACGACUACUUGCGAAGUUUGUGGAGAAUACAUACGAGAAAGUGGAUAGACUACUCGAUAUACGGACGUCGGCCCAUGGUCGAUUGAGUGUCACAGACGCGGAGAUCGAGCGAGAAAAGAAAGUGAGAUACUCCUGUUCGAGUCUAGGCGUCGCGUUCGUUCUAUUGACCGUGAACAUUGAUCAGGCGCUCCUUGCCGAUGGCGUAGAAGUGACGUCUGAGGAAGAAGAGGCUUGGUAUCUGCGACGGCUUGAGGGUGGCCUGUUCACAUUGCAAACUGUGGACUUCAUCCUGGCUUGGAUCAUAAUGGAAGACGACGGGAUUCGAGAUCAUGCGCAGAAAAUGCUUUCCCGGAAAAAUCAAACAAUGGAAGACAUUAUACAGACAUUGCGGAUAUUCUACGACAACACUGAUGAAGAUGGCAUGCAAGUCGACAGUGAAAAUGGCGUCGAAAAGCCGCUGUCGCAGAAAGACAUACUACAAGGUCUCAUCUACGCACUCAGCGAUACGAAAGCACAAUAA